GUGACUUUUCGCGGAGCUAAUAGAUAUUACAAUUCCAUUCCAUAUCGCGGGUAGAUAGUCGAAAUGACUAAAUUUUAUAUAUGUCCAGAGUCUGGAUCCGAUGACAACGAUGGGACGGAGGAGAAGCCUCUGGGCACUUUGUUUCAGGCUAUGGUUUUGUCCAAGAACUCUGGCGAGUUCUUGAUUCGAACCGUCAAAGAAGAUGGUACCAAGACAUGGGAACCUGCUGCUAAGGCGGCCAUCAAGAAGAAUCUUAAGAAGUACGAGGCCGAGCUAAAGAAAGCGGAGAAAGCUGCAGGUCGAGCUAAAGAGCAGGAGGCAGCUGCCCAAACAGCCCUCGAGGAGGCCAAAAAAAUCACGUUUUCUUUGGACAAGUCGUUGCCGUCAGCUACCCUCGUCAAAAUUAGAGACUGUGUAAGCCAUCGGGGUGAUCGAGUACGAGUGAAAGCUUGGGUCCAUCGGCUACGAAGGCAAGGAAAGUCGCUCAUGUUCUGGGUGCUCCGUGAUGGUUCCGGCUACCUACAAUGCGUGCUCAAUGACAUUCUGUGUCAAAGUUAUGACGCCGUGACGCUGAACACCGAAAGCUCAGUAGAAGUUUAUGGAACCAUUCAGAAGGUACCAGAGGGGAAGCAAGCCCCAGACGGCCACGAGCUCAUCGUAGACUAUUGGGAGCUGAUCGGUCCUGCACCACCAGGAGGUAUAGACAACGUGCUGAACGAAGAAGCUGGAGUCGAAGUGAUGCUUGACAACAGGCAUCUGGUUAUACGCGGCGAGAACGCUUCCAGAAUUUUGCGGAUUCGAGCUGCGGCUACUAGGGCGAUGCGUGAGCACUUUUAUCAUGCAGGUUAUACAGAAAUGUGCCCACCAACUUUGGUGCAGACACAGGUAGAGGGUGGUUCAACAUUGUUCGCUCUUGACUACUUUGGAGAACCGUCCUACUUGACACAAUCGUCCCAGUUAUACUUAGAAACAUGUAUCGCAUCCCUAGGAGAUGUAUACUGCAUCGCUCAAUCGUAUCGCGCUGAGAAGUCGCGCACUCGUCGCCACUUGGCAGAAUAUGCUCAUGUAGAGGCGGAAUGUGCUUUCAUAACAUUCGACGAGCUUAUGGACAAGAUCGAAGACAUUGUUUGUGAUACCGUGGAUCGGUUGAUGUCAGAUCCGCAUGUGAAACCACUCAUUGACUAUGUCAAUCCUAACUUUAAACCACCACAAAGGCCAUUCCUUCGCAUGACCUACAACGAUGCGAUCAAAUGGUUGAUCGAGCACGAUGUUCGUAAUGAGCAUGGCGAGAAAUUUGUGCACGGUGAGGAUAUUGCAGAAGCAGCAGAAAGGAAAAUGACGGACACGAUCGGGGUUCCCAUCUUGCUGAACAGGUUUCCAGCUGGAAUCAAAGCUUUCUACAUGUCUCGAUGUAAGGAUGACGACUCUCUUACGGAAUCUGUGGAUCUCCUUAUGCCAGGUGUUGGCGAGAUCGUUGGAGGGUCCAUGCGUAUGUGGCAUGAAGAGGAUCUCCAUAAAGCUUUUAAUGCAGCGGGUAUUGAUCCCAAGAAUUAUUAUUGGUAUACCGAUCAAAGAAAAUAUGGAACUGUGCCUCAUGGCGGCUAUGGUUUGGGUCUAGAACGUUUCAUCUGUUGGUUAACAAACACAUACCACAUCAGAGACGUUUGCUUAUAUCCAAGGUUUAUUGGGAGAUGUGCACCUUAAUUUUUGUCUUCCCUGUGGAUCUUUAUAAUGAGCUUCUGAUAUGCACUACUUUUAUCUGACUAGGAGGACACAUUUUCUGAUUCAAAAAUUGUUGAGUUAUCUGUUGGCAGUAUGGCAAGUUGUUAUGGUAAUUUAUGGGCUGUGCGGUAUAGGAAUGUACUCAUCUUAUUUAAUAAGCCAUCUGUUGUCCACCCCUUGUAGUCUUGAGUAUCGGGAUUGUUCCUUGACCCGUGAACAUGUUAUGAGAAACGUGCUUAUUGUGAUUGUUGGCAUGUUGUCUUCUAAAUGAAUCUAUCAACUA